CUUUUGCAUAAUUUCGAAAAACUUUCUCGGAGAUCAAACUCACAUGCACAAUGGUGCCGGUAAAUUUUUGUAAAUUUUUUCUUAAAACUUUUUUGAUUUUUUCUGCUUUUGUCGCGGUCAAAUGUGCGGUGAAAGAAUCGUUUUUAAGGGCGCACUACCCUUUAUAUGGGUUGUCGUUUUUAGGGCUUCAAAGAGAAAAUGCCAGUACUUGUUUUAUGGAACUUAGCCAGUUAAAACGUGCGGUUGAUGCUGAGAAAGUAUGGGGACUUAAAGUCUUGGAUGCUAGUGGCGCACCAUCAGAAGGGUUUCUGUAUGGAAACAACUUAUGGAUAGGUCUCCAUAUGCAAUGCAAGGAUCUGAGUAAUACAAAGCCUUUUGAAAUACGAAAUGAUAAAAUUAACCACACAAAAACAGCAUGGGACUUUCCCCCUUAUGAUCUAGCAUUUGCUGUGGUUAUGAUAAAACAUAAUAGUACAGUGCAGUUACGUAUGAGAUUACCUUUGGAUAAUAUUGCACAAUUAGGUUUGUGUAUCCCAAAGUCUUGCUUAGAGCAGGACAUCUUCAACCUUUCAAAUGAGUAUUUUAAAAGUAACGUGCUCGAUAUUCAAAAUAUGUAUAACCUUAGCAUGGACGUUAUUAAUAUCAGAAUGCUUCGGGAUGACGCAGCAUGGUUAUUUAUGCUUCCAAAGACUAUUAUUCUUAUAUCGAUCUUAGUAACAAUAUUGGUUCUGACUAUAGUUGGUACUGUUUGUGAUGUUAAACAGCAUAACCGAGAAAAAAAUUUAGUCAAAGGUCACAACGACGCAAUUGAAAAUGGAAAAAAGAGUAAUGUAUAUGGAAUCUCGUCAAUUGGAAUAUUACCACCUAAAGAGAAACCAUUCAAGGACAACAAAUCACUUUGUUUUCAAAUUGUGAAAAGUUUUUCAAUUUACUCAAACGUAAAAAAAUGGGUGAAAACGAAAAGUCCUUCCGGAGAUUCACUGCCAGUUAUUCACGGACUAAGGUUUUGGGCCAUGGGGUGGGUUAUUUUUGUCCACAACACGUUUUUCCAAGCUGACUUUCUAAUUAAUCCACCACAUCCGUUCAGAUUAUCCGAAGACUUUUUUGGGCAAAUUUACUCAAAUUCCACUUACUGUGUGGAUACAUAUCUAUUUUUAAGCGGUUUCUUAUUGGCUUACUUGUUUUUUAAAAAAGUCAACCCUCAUGAAAAAGCUAAACAUCCAGACAGCUGUUUCACGUUACUGAGUAAAUUUGUCUACUUUACUGUACAUAGGUUUUUAAGAUUAACACCGACAUAUGCAAUAGUGCUGCUAAUUUGCAAUGUUCUCUACACCUAUUACAGCAAGUCUUCAGCAUUGUAUUUUAGUGAACGAUCUGAAGUAAUAUGCGAUCAAUACUGGUGGAGGAAUCUUCUUUACAUUAAUAAUUUAUACCCUAGAUCUGAAAUGUGCAUAAGCUGGUCUUGGUACCUUUCUGCUGAUAUGCAACUUUUCAUUAUUUCCACCUUCUUUUUAUUGUUAUCUACAGUGUAUUUUAAAUUAACAGCAGUCCUGGUAUUCCUUAUGAUAUUUGUUCAUGUAGGAACGACCGCCUAUAAAUCCUACAGUGUUGGUUAUAUUCCCACUUUAGAUGAUCAGCUAGAACAGCUAGAUGCCAUUUACGACUUGCCCUGGAACCGAAUUGGUCCCUACAUGGUUGGAUUAAUAACAGCAUAUAUUUUAGUAAUUAGGCUUAAGAAUAAAUUAGUUUUAAAAGAGAAAAUAAGACUGGCGCUUUGGGUGCUAUUUCCUCUUCUUAACCUAUGGAUAUUAUUCACGUUAUAUACUAGACAGCUCUCAGUUGAGUUUUCAGCUUUUUAUAUGGGAGUUUCGAGACCUUUAUGGGGUGUGGGUAUUGCUUGGUUUGUUGUGGCUCUUUCCACAGGAAACGCUAGAUUAUUGGAAAAAUUAUUUUCAUUUAAAGCCUGGGUUCCUUUGGGAAGAUUAACUUACUGCGCUUACCUGCUUAAUCCAUUGGUAGUAACAAUGAUUGGUCUUGGAGCGGAGGCAGCUACAUUGGCAUCCAUACCAUAUAUGGCUGUCAGUGCUACUGGUACCCUGAUGAUUACCAUGCUGCUCUCUUUCGUCGUUUCGAUGCUCUGCGAAUCACCGUUUAUCUCUAUAACAAAAAUAAUGUUCGACAGGCCAAUAAAGUCCAAUGUUGGUUUGGAGGAAACAUCAGAAAAAAUAGAAGGUGUUUCUUCACAUAACGGAAGCACAUCCACAGUGGACACUAUUGCGUAGCACUUUAUUGCUAUUUAGUUUUUAAAUAAUUUAUUUCUUUCAUUGGCUGUUGAAAUCCUAUUUUUUGUAUAUAUAUAAAAUAUUUUUACUUUAUAUAAAAGAUGAUUUCUUAUAUGCUUAAACAGCAGCUGGUGUAGCUACUAUAAGGGGAAAAAGUUUCAAAUACUAAAGUUGUAGAGCGCAUCCUAAUUCGCAAAGAAAUCUUCUAAAAUAUAAUACAGGAUAAGGGAAAAUCACGGAAGGAACAGAAGAUCCCGCAUAUUAAAACUAAAAUAAUACUUCUUACUAGCAAGUCUUACAACGAUCAAAUAAUAUGGCAAUUUCAGUUUGUAAAUUAAAAAUGUAAGGAACUGCAAAAUAAAUUAGAUAAACCGCUAAUGUAAAUAAAGUAAACCAAAUCUAACUUCACUUUAUUGGGUUUUGUAAGGACAUACCCUGUAACAUGGAUAAAAGCAUAAAAAAGUAUAAGAUUAAAAAACCUUACAUCAGAUUUGUCUCAAAUUAGACAUACAUCCUCACAUAUAUUCCAAUCCCAGCUACUAUUUUGUUUUUUGUUAUUCGAUCUGGUUAUCUUUAUGAUUAAUAAAACGUAAAUAUAUACCACCCCCAAAACCAGCAACGAUAUAUCUGACCAAGUGGGAGCCAGUCGGAACAGCUGUCGAGGGAAGUAAAAAAUAAUAAACCAAAAUUCGUAAAUUGUAAUGGAUCGCCAAACAAAAUACUAGGUGUGAGCGGAAUUGAAUACUCCUUACAGACAAUAGAGUAGCUAUAAGACUUUUGACUAAGCCCGCCUUAGAAUAUAAUGAGAGAUGAAAAUUGUGAUUAGGAGAAGGCACAUUACAAAAUAUAGAGGGUUGCUUUCCUCUUUUUUUGCGCCCAGCCAAUACGUGGUUGUCCUUUCCAUUCCUCCUACUUACACCCCUUUCCAGACUGCCUCUAAAGAAAGAUUUAAAAGGAAAAAGAAGCCCUCACACUAGUGUAAGAAGAAUACUUUGAUCCGAAUAGUUCUAGCAGCCUGCACCAAAGCAAAUAAUGAUCAGUGGUGGACCAAUGAUGGACAACUCGGAAGAAAAAAUAGGUUGAAAUUGAAAUUGAACAAAGUUAUGUAAUAUCAAAUAAAUCGCGGUGAUUACUUCUAUAUUUUCCUUUACCACAUAUUGUUUAAAUAACUGCUGAAAAGUUACAUUCGUGUGUUAAAUGUAACCAACAUUAUUUUUAAUACAUUCAAAGAAUGUAGAGUUUUUUGGAUCCUUUGCCUUAGCUCUGUAAGAUUAGUUUUAAGUUGCAUAAUAAAUCUAUGUGUGUUUAAAUUUUGAUUUCUUAAUAUAAAUAUUUAUUCUUUUUAUAAAUAAAAUAUUAAAAAAAAAUAUAGAA